AUGUCCCCGACGAACACCAACGGCGAGGCCAAUGGCGCCAACAGUGCCAACAGCACCUCGACCGCCAACGGCGCCGUAGACAUCAAGAAUCUUGGCCAUGUCGAAACACCAAAGGUUGAGGGAACCUGGACGGUCGAAAAGGCUCUGAAGGCCUCGCCCGGUACCUCGGCACCUACGAACUCGGGCUCGCCGCUGGCAUACUUCCACAUGCUCGAGCGUCUCAAGACCACGAAGCGAGAGGGUUGGCGUCGAUUCGGCAUCGCGAGGGGAGAGUCCAUCGCCGAUCACAUGUACCGCAUGUCCCUCCUUUCCAUGUGCUGCCCGCCGGCGCUUGCCCCCCGCAUCGAUCUCGCGCGCUGCAUGAAAAUGUGCCUCAUCCACGACAUGGCAGAGUCCCUGGUCGGUGACAUCACACCCGUCGACGGCGUCCCCAAGCCCGAGAAGAACAGACGCGAGGCCGAGACGAUGGACUACAUCACCAAGAACCUGCUGGGCAACUUCAACGGUGGCUUGACUGGUAUCGAGAUCCGUGAGAUCUGGCAGGAGUACGAGGACUCCAAGACGCUCAACAGCCACUUCGUGCACGACCUCGACAAGAUGGAACUGCUCCUCCAAAUGAUGGAAUACGAGAAGCGCGGCCAGGGCAAGCUCGACCUUGGAGAAUUCGCCUACGUCGCCACCAAGUUCUCCCUGCCGGAGACCAAGGAGUGGGCGGAUGAGCUGCUCAAGGAGCGGGAGCAGUUCUGGGGCGCCAAGGACCAUGUCCACGGCGAGUCUGGCGUUGACGGGGGAGUCAAGGUCGAUACGCGACAGCAGCAGGACGAUUACUACAAGCGUGAAUAA